AUGAAAACUGAUUUAACUAAAUCUGAAAGUAAGAAGCAUUACGAUAAUGUCCCAGGGACUAUUCAUUUGGUUGAUUUAGAAGGUAAUUUAGAUGUGAAAAAGAAUAAUGAUGAUAGAAACAUUAUUCUUUUACCACAACCUUCUUCAAAUCCAAAUGAUCCAUUAAGAUGGACCCAAACCAAGAAAAUUAAACAAUUUGCUUUACUUUGGUUCUGGGCCUUUUUAUUAGCGGUUGCGGUUAAUUUUUCUGGUCCCCUUUGGGAAAUAUGGAGUGUAGAUUUUAAUGUUAGUUUUUUCCAAUUAAAUGUUACUUCGGCCCUUUGUUUCUUAUUCCUUGGAGUUGGGUGUUUGGUUUUACAACCAACAGCUUUAAAGUUAGGUAGAAGAUUUGUUUACUUACUUUGUACGAUUAUUGUCUUAGUGUCUUGUGUUGUUGGUGCUCAAGCCCUGAAUAUUGUAUCCUUAGAUAUAAAUAAUAUUCUCGGUGGUUUCGCAGCUGCUCCAGUUGAUUCUUUAGUUGAAAUUUCUUCUACUGAUGUUUUCUUCCAACAUGAAAGAGCAUCUGCUCUUGCUUGGUUGAUUUUAGCUUUAUAUGCUGGUUCAUUUCUUGGUCCAGUUGCUUGUGGUUACAUUACUCAAUCUAUGGGAUGGCAAUGGUGUUUUUAUUUUCAAGUUAUUAUUUUUGGAGUUCUCUUUAUAGUUUUACUUUUCUUCAUGGAAGAUACUACCUUCCGUAGAGACUAUAAUGAAGAAACACUUGAAGAAAAUAUUCUUGACCAAAUUAAAUCAAGAGAAACUGUGGAAGUAGGCUCAAAAGAAAAAGAACAUCAUAUUUUAGCUAAUACAAAGGAAGUUUCUAGUCAUCUGCUUUCUGAUGAUGAUGCCUCAGUUGAUUAUUCAAUUCCUGUCAGAACCUAUUGGCAAAGAAUGAAGAUCUUUGAGUUAGAAUAUAAUGAUGAAAGAUCAUGGUUAACUAUUUUUUACAGACCAUUCUUCUUGGUUUCUUUCCCAGCUAUUAUUUGGGGUGGUAUUCUUUAUGGUGCUCAAAUGAUGUAUUUAUCAUUAUUAUCAACUUCUCAAUCAAUUAUCUUUUCCGGGGCACCUUAUUAUUUUAGUGCCAAUAAAGUUGGUUUAACAAAUAUUUCUUGUUGUGUGGGUAGUAUUAUUGGUAUGCUUUAUGGUGGACCUUUUGUUGAUUGGUUAACUAUCAGAUUGGCUAGAAGAAAUAAUGGGGUGUUAGAACCAGAAUUUAGAUUAUAUGCUAUGGUUGUUCCAACUAUUGUCAAUGCAGCUGGUUUGCUUGCAUAUGGUUUAGGUGCAUCCUAUGGUGCUCAUUGGGCAGUUCCAGCUAUUAUAGGUCAAGGUUUAUUGGGUGUAGCUAUGAGUUCAUCAGGAGCCAUUUGUUUAUCUUAUGCAGUUGAUUCUUAUCAAAAGGUUGCUAGUGAAGGGCUUGUGUUAAUGCUUUUCCUCAGAAAUUGUAUAGGUAUGGGUUUCACAUUUGGUUUCCAACCUUGGUUAGAUCAUAAUGGUUUGAAAGUUCUUACUUGGCUCUUAUUCAUGCUUUCUAUAGUCAUAAAUGGUAGUUUUAUCUUUAUGAUAAAGUAUGGUAAAACAUUCAGAAGAUGGACUAAAAGUAGUUAUGAGAAAUAUUCUGAUCCUUACUAUGGUGAACUCUUUAGAAAGAAGACUUGAAGUCUUUUAUAUUGUUUUUCUUAAUAGAGUUUAUAGUUGUUUAAUAGAUUUAAAUUAAUUUAAUUCGCAAUCGUGUAGAGGUAAAUUUUUAGCAGC